AAGAAUGUGCCUGGUUUGUCUUUGAGCAGAUAGUGCUGUUGGUUACUGCCUGCCUGCACUUGAGGGAGUUAGGGAAGGGUUUGCAGCAAGGUCUGUUCACUUCCUCCUCGUGUCCCACCCCAGGAGAAGGCGUAUUUAAAAUGCUCCCUUCCUCUGUGGCCAUGAGACUGGCUGCGUUUGGCUGCAGACCGGGACACUGGCUGCAAACCCCGCUGCCGAACCUCACCCAGUGCAGGCAGCUGGCGACCUCCCGGCCCCAGCGACCUCCAGGCCCUUCCGUGGACAUCUCGGCGAUGUUAGGGCCGGAGCCGAGUGAGGCUCGGCUGAAAGAGCUGAGCAGGAGGCAGCCCCGGCAGAGCUCGCUGCUGCUGUUCCCCGGCCAGGGCACCCAGUUUGUGGGAAUGGGCGAAGGGCUCCAGAAAUACCACAACGCCAGGCAAAUGUUCGCAGCUGCCCAGAAGAUCCUGGGCUAUGACCUGCUGUCUUUGUGUAUGAAUGGACCGGAGGGAGAGUUAAAUAAAACUGUUCACUGCCAGCCAGCAGUUUUUGUCACGUCCUUAGCUGCAGUGGAAAGGCUGCAUGUUGAAAACCCUGAAGCUAUUGAGAAAUGUGUUGGAGCAGCAGGAUUCAGUGUGGGAGAGUUUGCUGCCUUGGUCUUUGCAGGAGCAAUGGACUUUGCUGAAGCUCUCUAUACUGUGAAAGUGCGGGCAGAGGCUAUGCAGGAGGCAUCAGAAUCCAUUCCUAGUGGCAUGUUAUCUGUUGUGGGGCAAGCUGGGUCCAAAUUCAAGUAUGCUUGCCUGGAGGCUCGCGAACAUUGCAAGACACUGGGGAUAGAGGAUCCUGUGUGUGAAGUGGCUAACUACCUCUUUCCCAAUGGACGUGUGAUUGCUGGAAAUUUACAGGCUCUCAAAUAUUUGCAGCAGAACUGCCGUAAGUUCCACUUUCUGCGAACUAAACUGCUACCAGUCAGCGGUGCCUUCCACACUCGCCUCAUGACAUCAGCAACUCAGCCACUCCAUGAUAUCUUGAAGGGAAUCAACAUUGAGAAACCACUGAUAUCUGUCUAUUCCAAUGUGGAUGCCAAAAAAUACGUGAACAGUAAACAUAUUCGGCAACUGUUGGUGAAACAGCUGGUGAUGCCUGUAAAAUGGGAACAAACUAUGCAUGCUAUGUAUGAACGAGAACAAGGGAUUGAUUUUCCAGAUACAUAUGAGGUCGGCCCAGGGACCCAGCUUGGGACAAUGUUGAAAAACUGCAACCUGAAGGCUUGGAGGUUCUAUCGACAUAUUGAUGUGAAAUUAAAGGAUGAGACUGAGGAAGAAUGAAGUAUCUUCUGUGCAGAAAGACUGGUAAAAGAAUAAUUUUACUUGCGGUUAAUUUCACUUUUGGCUGGUAUGUUAAAGUUCCAUCAAGUUGAAAGCAAUUUGUACAACUUGAACUGGUAGAAAUUGUUUUUUGCAGCUAAGUCGUGGACUUAAUGACUUUAUUGAGACAAAAAAUGCACAGAGUGAUCUGUGAGUUGUCAACUGUGCUGAAGGUGAUAUGAAGAAUUUGAAUGCACAAGGAGUUAUAUUGUCUGUCAGAAGUGGAGAAGGAAUGUUAGAUCAUAAAAUCUCUUAGAUGAUCUAAACAAAAUAAAUACAAAAAUGUCUGGCUAAAAACCUAA